UAAGCAUGCCCUCACCAAUAACUCAAACAAAAAGAAAACUUUUUUGUUCUCUACUUUCUUAUUUUCUUUGUCCACUUAGCCAAAAACACAAAAGGAAAAAAUCAUGAAGAUUAGAAUAGAAAGUUCAAGAAUUAUUAAGCCUUUCUAUGAACACACCCCUCCUCCUCCAACAACAAGUCACAUUCCCCUCAGUGUCUUUGAUAAGGUCACAUAUGAUGCUCAAAUUGCCAUCAUAUAUGCUUAUCACCCUCCCACCCCACCAAAUACCGCGAUUGAAUUAGGUCUUCAAAAAGCCUUAGCUGUUUAUCGAGAGUGGGGUGGAAGAUUAGGUGAAGACGAACAUGGAAAUCGUGUCAUUCUCCUCAAUGAUGAGGGUGUUAGAUUCGUCGAGGCAUCGGCUAGUAGCACCCUAGAUCAAGUAAUGCCUUUCAAACCUUCGCCUUCUUUGCUUAGCCUACACCCUAGCUUGAAGGAUGUGAAAGAAUUGGUGCAAGUCCAAUUAACUAGGUUCACUUGUGGCUCCUUGGUGGUUGGUUUUACCGCUCACCACACGGUGGCUGAUGGUCAUUCCACUAGCAACUUCUUGGUUUCGUGGGGUCAAGCUUGUCGAGGCCUCAGAGUCAAUCCACUUCCUCUACAUGAUCGUACACUUUUCACCCCUCGAAAUCCCCCUCUUAUUGAGUAUCAACAUAAAGGGAUUGAAUUCAUGUCUAAGUCGAAAAAAGAACAUUCACUCAAUGAGGUUCAUCAUAUAUCUGAAGAUGUGGUAGUACACAAAGUCCAUUUCACAAUUGAGUUUCUCACGAAUCUUAAAGCAAAGGCUUCUUCCAUGAAUGGAAAUAACAAGCCUUAUAGCACCUUUGAAAGUCUCCUCGCGCAUUUAUGGAGGGUUCUAACCAAAGCCCGCGGGCUAAGUGGAUUUGAAUCAACCCAAAUAAGAAUCUCAGUCAAUGGUAGAACGAGGUUGAACCAAAAAGUACCUAAUGAGUACUUUGGUAACUUGGUCCUAUGGGCAUUCCCAACAACAAAAGUAAAAGACCUAUUGCGAGAGCCUCUUCCACAUGCAACAAAACUCAUUCAUGACGCUAUUACAAAAGUAAACAACGACUAUUUUAGAUCGUUCGUUGAUUUUGCUAGUACGAAAGCAAAGGAAGAAGAUCUUAUCCCUACCGCAGACAUGAACAAGCACAUACUUUGCCCAAAUAUCGAGGUGGAUAGUUGGUUAAGAUUUCCAUUUUAUGACCUAGAUUUUGGUACGGGAUGCCCGUACAUUUUCAUGCCUUCGUAUUUUCCUACUGAAGGCAUGAUGUUUCUUAUACCGUCCUUUGUUGGAGACGGAAGUAUCGAUGUCUUCGUUCCUUUAUUCGAAGACAAGUUGUUCCUCUUCAAGAAAAAUUGUUAUUCCUUGGACUUGCUUGAAGAUUAAAACCUUCAAAUUAUUAAUAUUGCCAUUACUUUUUUUAUAAAAAAAAAUUAAUUAGUUUUCUUCAUCAAUGAAUGUCAUUUUUGUCACACAAAUCAUAGGAACUGUUUUAGCCUUAAAAUCCCCUACUUGUAACAUUUUUUGUUUGCAAAUGAGAUGUCAAUAUUAAUUAUACACAAGAGACGUACUCUCUCCGACUCUCCGUCUCAAUUUAUCUCUCGUGUUUCUCUUUUACAUGUCCCUUAGAAAAACGUUAAUUAGGAAUUGGUUUA